AUGGUGAAAAGUGGAUCUAGCGCUGCUUACCAAAAAGUUCAAGAGGUGAAGAGGAAGGCUCACGCCCGACCUGAUGCUGCGAAGGUCGGAGCUUUUGGCAUUCCUUCUCUUCGAGAUUCGGGUUUGGAGACCUCCUCCUCUCACCAUAUUCUGAAGCAACCGGAGCUAAAUCGAGAGGCCUAUCAGGACUUUGAGGAUUCUAUAGUGGAGAGUUCGGAGGAGGCUUUUAGGGUGUUCAAGGAACAAGUCAGAGUUAUCGCUCUCGGCUUGGACCUUUCCCCUCCCCAUCUCGAAAAAAUUGUUAUUGAUGGGGCCGUUGUCUCUCCUCCUCGUCCUGAAACAGAUUUUGAGCUGAAGACUUGUGGGCAGCGUAUUGUUGAGUCUCCUCCCCGUGAAGUGGAGCAACAGGAGGGAUUCUUGCCGAUUUCUUCUGAGGCUUUAAGGAUGUUGGAGUGCGAUCAUUUACACCCGCCGGAUCCAUAUAACCAAAUUGUUGAGGCACAGUUACGCGAGACUGGAUUUUAUUAUGUAUCCCAAAUUGGAGUUAUUAAAGGCCAGUCAGCAAUGAUUAAUGUUCUGAUUGAGAGAUGGCGGCCCGAGACUCAUACAUUCCAUUUUCCGGUUGGUGAGUGUGCCGUGACCUUGGAGGAUGUGGCGGUAAUUCUCGGUCUGCCAACAAAUGGUCUUCCGGUUACAGGUCCGACCAUGAAUAGCUUUGAGGCAUUGGAAGCCGAGUGCUUGCACCACUUUGGAGUUGCACCCAGCAAAAAUGAAUGUAGAGGGAGCUUUAUAAAGUUAACGUGGUUUAGGGGUGUGAGAGAUCGUAUAGUGUUGAAUGAUGAUGUUAGCAUGCAGAUGUAUGUAAAGUGUCACAUAAUGUUGUUAUUUGGGAAAGUUCUAUUUGCAGAUAAGUCGGGUGCAGGGGUGCACUGGAAAUUUUUACCGUUGCUCCGCAACUUUGGCCAGAUCAUACAGUUUAGUUGGGGUUCGGCAUGCCUGGCACACUUGUAUAGAUCAUUGUGCAGGGCAACUCGUGUCGACUGCAAGGAGAUGGACGGUCCACUGACACUGUUGGUAAGUUGGGCUUGGAUCCGGCUACCAUUUCUAGCGCCGAUUCCUGGCAAUCCCCGAGUGUUUCUAAUUGCAAACAGGUGGCAUAACUGGGACCGUCAAAACUAUGCCUACCGAUAUAAAACGCUUGCCCAAUACAGGAGGUUGUUGGAUGAUCUAGAAGAAGGACAGUUUCUUUGGCAGGCUUAUGGCAUUGGAUACAUCGACCCAGACGUAAUUCCCUUAGCCAUCCAUCAUAAUUCGGUGGUGUGGAGUGCCACAGUGCCACUUAUAUCUUUUGAAUGCAUCGAGUGGCAUGCUACUGAUAGAGUCAGGAGGCAAUCUGGAUUGACACAGGGUGUUCCUAGUGAAGUGCAGGAUCUAGGUGCAUCACAUGGGGAAGUUCUAACUGGGCCUAAGAAUCAAGACUGGGCCAAUACCCACUCGCGUUGGGUGAUGCAAUGGACCAAUCGAUAUAGUCACAUUCUAUCUGAAGACUUUGAGCAUUUACAUUAUCCGUUAGAAAUUUACAUACAUUGGUACCGAGAGGCAUAUGGUGACCACUUGCAAUUGUCAAACCUUGUUUUUGAAGAGAAUCCAGAAGGUCCUCCACCACCACCACCACCACCGGCACCAGAACCGGAACCGGAACCGGUGGCCGUACCUCCACCACCACCGCCACCGGAACCGCCACAUCAGGGGGUUGAGUAUUUUGCACCAUAUGUUCCUUACACGCAUCCGUCUGAUUAUUACUCAGCGUCAGUCCCGUCACACCAUCAGUUUUGGGGUGGUCCACAUUCUGAGUAUGGAGAGCAACCUUCAUUCAGUCAGCUACUUGGUUUGAUGGCAUCGGGGUCGCACCAGUCACAUUCAGAAUGUCUGUUGACUCGAGCAGAAGUAAUGAAGCGGCGGGAGGGAUCAUACAAAGUGGAAAUCCUAGACGUAUUCCGAUGA